ACAAUGUCGAGCGCCCAAAGUGGGCCAAUCGCGGGACGAGCCUGAAGAGACGGGGAGCUCCCAACCUAGGUAGGUUGCGGGUAAACAAACAUUGUCUACAGGACAACAACACGGAAAUUAUUCCUUAAUACCCCCUCAAUUAAAGGUCUUUGCUUUCCCUGCCCAUGAUCGAUCCUCAAUCGAGUGCUGCCAAUGCCAUAUAUGUACUCGUAUUAAUCAAUCGAUCUGCGUGGAGCCGCCGGGAGUGCUCCGUGCCAGCAGCAGGGGCUUAUCGCUGCGUCUGUUUCGCUUAUCGGAAAUUGUCCCCUCCGCUCCUUCCCAACUUGCGUUUUCGUCGUCACUUCCCAACUUUCACCACCACCAUCGCCCUCGUUACUUCCUUUCGCGACGCGGUUUCCCGCUUGACCAUGCUAAACUGACCUGCGACUGCUGUAAUAGUUCUCUUCGCCCGCAUCUUCAGGGACUUUGGCAUUUUAUGCCUUCAUAAUCACCGCGCUAUUUACUUCCCACUUACGGAAUCUUCUAUUUGCCAUUUUCGUCUUUGCCCUCCACUUUUGCGCUACGUAUGCGGUACUCGUCGUCUCACAGCCUGUGAUCCUCCGAUACUGGCACGAGAUGGAACCAAAAGCCGCGGAGUUGGUGGCAGUUCUGACGAACAGCAACCUGUCGAUUGAUGCCAAGGUUACCCACAUACUUGGUUUGAAAUCGGACAUCAAGCAGAAGAACGUUCCAGAGGGGGCAGUCCCACCCAUUUUCGAGAGUUUACGGUUGUCGAUAGCCUCGCCUCAUUAUGCUCUGCUCGCUGCAGGUUUCUCCACACUCGGUCACUGCUUGAAACGCCUGUUCAUCCAAGGACAGCAUGAUCUCGUUUCAAUGCACGCCAGGGUCCUUUACCCUCAUUUGAUCGAGCGUCUCGGUGACAGUAAGGAGCGUAUUAGGGCUCAGGCUGCCCAGGCGUUUACCGAACUGUGGCCCGCCUCGAAUGCCGAUGUCGAAGAAUGCGUAUUGGGCGCUGCUCUAAAGAGCAAGAACCCCAAGUCGAAGCAGUCAGCUAUGAUCUGGCUCGACACUAUGCACCAUACGCACGUUAUCCUCUUCCGGCAAUACGUCCCUGACAUCGUUGCGUGCCUUGAGAAUGCCGACUCCACAGUUCGUGACCAGGCGAAAACUACAAUUUUGACACUCUUCGAGAAUGCACCAGCAGUUGCUAAGACUGAUUUGAUGCUACAAAUGCAAUCUAAUAACGUUAGAAAGUCGAUUGCGGAUCCUCUUCUCAAAGCUAUUGGGCUUGAGCCGGAGAAUUAUGUCAGUCGACCACCUUCUCGAGGUGAUGCACUUUACGUUCGACCUCCCUCUCGAGGCGACGCUCUCCAUAAUCGCCCUCCCUCUCGAGGCGACGCUCUCCAUAAUCGCCCUCCCUCUCGAGGCGACGCUCUCCAUAAUCGCCCUCCCUCUCGAGGCGAUGCUUUACACAAUCGACCUCCUUCUCGAGGCGAUGCUCUUCACAAUCGACCUCCCUCUCGAGGCGAUGCUCUUCACAAUCGACCUCCCUCUCGAGGCGAUGCUCUUCACAAUCGACCUCCUUCUCGGGGCGAUGCGUUGCGUCAGCUACCAUCUGCCAAUAGCAUGACUACGGUCAGCAUGCAUACACAGGAGGAUACUGAUCUUGAGUGUGAGACUCCACCUUUGUUGAUAAAGCCUAUACCAAUAAGGCCCAACCAGAGCCCUCUGAAGGAUGGCCAAUUCAGAGCACCCAAGGGGGCAGGUGCUUCUGUUGACCGCCCUUCUGCUCAGUCCACACCAAAGCUGAUCCUUCAGCGGACUGAAGAGGAUGAAAAUUUCGGCGAGUCGACUUCACAGAAGGACUUCGAGGACUCGGCUUCAAAAGACGGUUACCAGGAACCGACGAAGAGGCAGCUCGAAAAGUGUGAGGUCGCACCUUACAGAAUCACUCCGCGCGAUGUUGCAUCGACUCGCGACCUUGACAGCGUCCUGCGUGAGAUAGCGCCUCCUUUCCAGGGCAGAGAGACGGAGGACAAUUGGAUGCAUCGUUUUCGCGGUCUCCUAACGCUACGCCGAGUCACGGUCGGAAAUGCACCGCGCGACUUCCCUCAAGCCUUCAUUGCGGCCAUCAAGGCUUGGCUUGAUAACAUCUUCAAAGUAGUCCUUUCCCUUAGAACUAGUAUGAUCACAAUGGGUUGUUUUAUGGUGGAAGAUCUUGCUCGGGUGUUGGGCCCUCGGCUCGACCCCAUGAUCGACAUUUUCAUGCAAAACUUGAUGAAGCUUUGCAUGAGUAUGAAGAAGCUGGUCGGUUCAAUUGGAAACACUACUGUUGAAGUCAUGAUCAAAAACUUGACUCGCAAUUCGCGUCUGUUGAGUCACAUCACGACAGCCGCCCAGGAGAAGAACGUCAACUUGCGUCUAUAUGGUGCAAGCUGGAUAAAAAUCAUCAUCACUCAACAAUCCGAACACAAAGUCUCGGUCGAAGGCGUCAACAAUAUCGAGACUUGUAUUCGAAAGAGCCUUGUCGACGCCAAUCCUGGCGUUAGAGAGGCAAUGCGUUCUACCUUCUGGGCCUUCUAUGGCGUUUGGCCAAAGCGUGCCAAUCGCAUCCUUUCCGACCUAGACACUAAAUCUCGCAACUUGCUGGAGAAGGAUCCUUCCAAUCCGAACACUGAUCCAUUUGCAUCGAACUCGGCGUCCUCGAAGACAGGACUUUUUAGCACAUCUGCCACUACGGGCCGCUCGGCCCCGAAAGCGGCGAUUGCUGAGGGAAAGAAGGCAAACCUUGCUGCUCCGACCAAGAGCUUGACUUCUUCCCCUAGGGCUCAGCAUACUGCUCGGCCUGAUGCAAUGUCGGCUGAUCGUCACCGCAAACCACCAACUACCACUACCACGCGGGCUGUUCCGAGGGGCACUAACACCUCAUCUCUGACGGCCGCACCUAUGCGACCGGGAGGGGCCUCCAGGCAACGACCAGCUCAUCUUGAUGUAGCCCGCCCGGCUACUGCUACCGAUUUUCAUUCGAUUCCACCAGCGAGCCCGACUCGAACCCAGGUCGCCGACCCGUCGCCCUUGACGAGACAGCUCGGAGCAACUCGUCCACGGCAGAAGAGCGACCCUUUGCAGGACGCAAGUCCGACGAAGAUAAGGGCCCCAAAGUUUGACUUCGAUGCAAACAGUGCGGAUCAGCCAUUCGGGACUCUACACAUCCCCAAGGCCCGUGCCAACAGCAACGAACAGAAGCAGGAUGAAGAGGAUACGCCGAAGCCAAGAGUGCUUUCAAUCGAGGUACCAAUGCACCCGCUUAGCGACGAGAAGAAGAAGAUGGAUGAAGAGGAACCUGCCGAAGAUGCGAUUGAGGUUGCAGCCCACCCAAUCAACGAUGAGAAGAAGGAGGUGAAGCCCGGACCGAGACGGAUCUCAAUGGAGGUCGAGGCCCCCGCAAUCAGCGACGAGCAGGUUCAUAAUGGCGAGCAUAGUGUACCGAGAAGAAAGAUUUCACUUGAGUUUGGGCCAGGCAUGCGCGUGCUUGAGAAGGAUGAAGAGAGUCUCCUGCCCCAGAUUCCAACGAUCACCGUCGAGGCCCGUCGGGUGUCGUCGAGCAGAACUUCAUCGAGCAGAGUUCCAUCGAACAGCUUCUCACCUGAAUUACCGAAGACGGGUCACAAGCCGAGUGGAGCUCACAAGGCGCCGAUUGCGGCUGGUGAUAUUAGCAUUGAAGAUUUGCUGGCACCGCGAGUUGCGGACAGGUCGGUUUCGGGAGUCUCCGCGGUCUCGGGAGGAUCGGACAUGUCAAUGGUGGAUCUGGACAGAAUUAUGGAUAAUGUGAUCCCCGGCCUACGCAAAAUCAGUAAUCGGUUGGUGAGGGCUGAGACCCCUCGGCGAAGGAACAUCAGUCCCCGAUCGCAAGAUCCUGACCAGGCCCGCGGGAUGCUUGCCAAAGGAAUUGAACGAAUUCGGGCGAGGGAGAUGGAUAUUACUGGGUAUCGAAAGAUACAGGGGCUGAUUGAGUUCCACGAUGCGCUCUUUACCGACGAGGAGCAGUUUGACUUUAUGCUCUUGGCUCUGAUUGACGAGUUGCAGUCGCCGAUCCCGUUGGAAGACGCAAAGAAAGAGUUUGGAACGGCGUGGGACCUGAAGCUGCAGGUUAUCGUGACGCUUCGGUACAUGUUUGAUCAUGCGAACCUAUACUUCCCGGUCCACUACCCGUUCACGGUGGUUGCAUUACUUCGCGCUCUCCGGGAAUUUGAGAUAGCGCCCACGGUUGUCGAAGGUCUUCAGCAUCUGCUUCGCGACAUUGUUGCUGUGUGCGAUCCCUCGUCUACCAUCGAUGCUGUUGUCGAUGUACUUGAUACGGAACGCCAGAGCCAUGAUGUUGAAUUUAGGUCGUUGCAAAAGGGACUGGAAGUGUUGGUGGACAUCCUCGUCCGGGUAAAUGCUGCUCGGAAAAGUGCUGCACUCAAGAAACAGGAGUCGCCUGCCUGGUCCGACAUUUCUUAUGACACUGUGAAGCAUGUUGCCGGACUUGCAGGUCGUGCCUUGUCCAUCCAAGAGGUUAGACGGGAGUGUGUCGCAACGUGUGGUCAGCUGCGCAUGUACCUGAAUGACGACGAACGUCUUUGGAGGCUUUUAAAGAUGCCCCCGGAGCAUGCUCGCAGUUUGAUUCUCUAUUACACCUCCAGAAAACGCUAUGUUACACCUUGAUAAACGAUCAUGAGGAUUUUUGGGUCAUCGAGCGGAGUUACAGUUUUGGAAAAGAAAGGUUUUCUUUUUGGUUCAUGUGGUAUUAUUAGCGUGACGGCCAUGGAUGCUCUUUUGCUUUGUUUUGUGAUUGUCUCUUGGUUUUGCUCUCUUGGUUUUGUUUGUAAAAGUGCUGCUUUCUUCAGUUUUUUUGCCUCUAUUAGAAACGGACAACGUUUCCAUGUAUCAAUAUUUUACCUUAUUCUUAAUAAACUCCUUAAAAGGUUCAAUCGGUAUUUUACUCGUUGGAAGAAGUACCAUCUCGUCCCCAGGCAUCACAUUGUCUCCUUCAUCCAGCCAACUACCAUCAUACACGUCAGAUGACCUACUGGAUGGGAAGGUCUCACAUUCUGCCAGACUCAUGGAAACACUUGCAGUUGUUGAAGUCUCUGGACUCGUAGCAUCCGUCUCUGGCGAGCCGAGAUUCGAGAACUCGAAUAAUUCAUCCGAGUCUGUUAGCGAGUCAGCUCUCGAGGGCGCUGGCGACGGCGAUAGACCGAUGAAGACUGGGGUUUUGACCAGGCCCAUGAAUUCAGAACCGUAGUUGGCGGUGCUACUUUCCGGGGGGCUUGCUCGGUGUUCCGGCGUGAAGAACGACGAUGGCUCUUGAGGAGAGGAUCCCGGCUCUGGGUUCAGACGGUUGGUGUUGUUUUCUGUUAGAGGGAAGCACGAAGCUGAAUUCGCUCUGUGGGUGGCCCCGUGCAGCCGCGCGAGCCUUUCGCCAACACUCGCAGAGACGUAGUGAUGCGGAGGAGGGGGUCUGAGGUAGAAGCUCGUUGCUGGAGCGGAGAGAGUUUCGUCCCGUUGAGGCUGUCCUUGGUCUUCCCUCUUUCGUUUUCGGCCAUGGAUGUUAUCAUAUCCGACCGGGUUCUUGAAACAGAGAGUUAGAAAUUGCUUGCUGGAAUUGGGAUCACCGUUAGACCGGGCAUAAGUCACUUUCGCUCCUUCAGCUGAGCUUCCGAACCAGCGUAACAAGGCCCCUUGCACAUUGGGCAGCGUAAUAGUUGGCUUGUCUUGCGCAGUAGAUAGCUCUGCGUCCUCGGAAAGUAAGAUAGGGCUAGAGCUGAGCUCAAUCGCC